AUGAAACGAUCCGGCUCGACGCGCGUGGCGCGCAAAAUUGGCUCCUACGAUGACGACGAGUCCAACGAGAGCACGAGCUCGCAGAGCGAAGUGCAGAAGCCCACAGUUGUCAAGCGGCCUGUGCUUGGCAAAUCAAAGAAGCGGUCCUCCCUACGGGUAUCCUUUGGCCCUGGUGAGGAAGGGAACGAGGGCGAUGAUUCGAGCGAUGCCGCGCUUGUAACUCCGAAGAAGGCGAAUCUCAACCGUAUUGCGUUGGAGAAGAGUGCGAAGUUGCGGGCGCGGUCACCACUUGUGGCAGAAGCACGCAAGCCGACCGAGUACAGCAAAGAUUAUAUAGAGGAGUUGCGCAAAUCGACACCAUCGACACCAUCGACACCUAGUGAUCUGAAGGCCUCCGCGGACCCUUUUGAAGAGACGGAGCGUGCUCUCGAUAUCGCCUUGAAAUUCGGGCCUGUCGCAUCACUCGACUCUUCAUCAGCAAUACCUACCGAUGCCGAGAUCCGAGAGAAGAAAGCACGACGGAGACGCUUAGCACAGGAGGAAAAUGCGCGCGAUGAUGACGACCGGGCAUGGGCAUCAGAUGAUCAAGGAGAAGACGAGUUCAGACAGCACAGGAACGAGAUAUCUCUCCGACCAAAAGACAAGUAUGGAGAGACGCGCUUGAUCCAUGAUGACGAGGACAUAGCAGAGGGCUUCGACGAUUUCGUAGAAGACGGCAAGAUAUCACUCGGUCGCAAGUCAGAACGGGAGGCGCAACGAAGACGGCGCGCGGAAAUGGCAGAGCUCAUCAACGAUGCCGAAGGCUCAUCAGGAGACGAUGGUUCAGGCGAUUCCGAUGAAGAGCGAAACAUUGCAUUUGCCGCAGCUCAAGCGCGCGCAGGAAGAUACGGCCAAAAGAUCGAAGACGAAGACGACGGCUCAAAGACUCCACCACGAAUCACACCUUUGCCAGACCUAGACGAGGUGUUAGAGGGACUCACCAUUGACAUCCAAACGAAGCAGCAGAGAAAAAACAUGAUACUACAAAAACUCAAAGAUCUCAAAGAUGACAAAGUCCGCAUCGAGGAACGGAAAAAGUACCUCCAGGAACAACUACAGGAAACAGGCGAGAAGUACGAAAAGUUACGCCAGGAACAAGGUCUUCCCGCUUUGCCUGCGAACGGUAUAGAGGGAGGCCGGUUGAUCACAGAGAGGGGGUUGGAUAGCUUGGGUACCACACCUCUGGCUGGGACUACACCUGUUGGCGAGUCGAGUGAGGAUUCAGAUGAUGAGUAG